AUUUUAACCUAAUUUUUACUCUCCCCCUCUCAUUCUGACUUUCUCUCUUCAUAUUGUUCACGACCAAAAGAAAAUUCAAAAUGAUUUUCCAGCAACACACGGUGGCCGGAAAUCGCCAUAUGGCGGCGACUGCGACGGCCAGAGGUCAAAACCUCUGAUUGAAACCUCUAACCUAAUCGUUACAUUCCCCUGAGUACGAAAAUCUCCUCAUUUUGCUUUGAUUCUCUCUCAUAUUCUUAUAAUCGGGCCAACAAGGAAACCCUAGAUCUAACCAAAAAUCAAAUUAAACACAGACGGUGAUGACAUAGAGAACGAGGCCAUGGGGGAAGGAAAUAGGAGAUAUCGAUCUUCACGGUGGUAAUAUGAAUAGUCAAAGAGUUCAAGGGUUUACCUGGAGCGAUGCACGAGAUUGCAGAUUGAGAAGGCCGGAGAUGAGGGUGGCAUUGAAGACGGUGAAGAACGGAAAUCUGUUGCGAUUAGAGAACUUCGAGAAGAAACUGGAGUAGUAUCUGCCGAGAUAAUCGCCGAGGUUUCUUUGAUGAUUACAUCAACAAUGCUUUGUUGCCAUGAUGCAUCUCUUGCCAUAAGACAUGUUCUUGAGCGAUUUCAGUCUGUUGUGAUUACAUCUGGCACAUUAAACCCUAUAAAUUUGUACCCUUGUCUUCUAAAUUUUGAGCCUGUUGUAAUCCUAACCCAGUGGAAGGAAAUAAAUCAGUGUAAACUUGUCUUUUUUGAGACUCAAGAUGUGGUAGAAACAACAUUGGCUCUUUACAACUACCGCAAAGCUUGUGAUUGUGGAAGAGGCGCUAUCUUUUUUACAAUUGCGAGGGAGUUUUCUUCAAUGCAUUCUUUGUGGUUUACAUACUCUCCCCAAAGCUGGCUCAUAGAGUUGUUGGGUACCUUGAGGAGGAAGCUAUACAUUCCUACACCGAGUAUUUAAAAGACAUUAAUAGUGGUGCAGUUGAAAAUGUUCUGGCUCCUGCCAUUGCAAUUGACUAUUGGAGGCUUCCCAAGGAUGCCAAAUUGAAAGAUGUUAUAACAGUCAUUCGUGCCGA